GGGCAUGGACCGAUGUUGCAGUGAAGGAGGAGUCUCCCUGGCCUGACCCCGUUCCACUGCUCAUGGACAGUAAGCAAUGCUCACUCUGCAUCGGAGAUGAAACUCUGUCUUAUGAGGAAAGGACGCUGAGAGCUGAGCUAUGCAUGAUAUCGGAGUCGAGAGGGCGAUGCACAUGUUACCCCUGAAAUGUCGUAGUUUUCCCUGCCGGCAAGUUUUCUCCUACACCAUUUCCGUCGCUGUUAUGAUCGUUGCAACGUGCUGAAAAGCGCCGAGCAUGUCUUCCGAACCCGAUUUGUUCCAACUAUAUCAUCCGCCGAAUGUCAGAACUGCAGAUACUGUGUUGGACAUCAUUGCGAUUCACGGCCUGGGGGGCGAUAAGUUUGGAAGCUGGACCAGCCCGUCAGGCAACGGUGCAUUGUGGACUGGGGACUUCCUCAAGGACAGUUUCCCUCGAGCCCGAAUAUUCACGUACGGAUAUGAUGCCGGGAAGGCGUGGCUCAGCAAUUCGGUUGCGACCAUCGAGGAUGCCGCAAAGGAUCUCCUCGGCCGUCUACAGAUCGAACGUGAUGGUCUUCCUUCAAACCGCCCAAUGGUCUUCAUCUGCCAUCGCCUUGGGGGCAUUGUUCUCAAGCAGGCGCUCCUGGAGGCAAGCGACCGACGCAGCCACUAUGAGUUUCUCCUCGAUGCCCCUAAGGGAGUAGUGUUCAUGGGGACGCCGCAUCUGGGUUCGCCUGUGGCCACAGCACUCAAUCUCCUUGUCAGGGUUCCUGGGAUUGCUAAGAAGCUGAGGUCGAAUGUCGCGCUGCUUGCAGACCACUCACCUGAAUUGGACAGACUCUGCAAACGGUUUGUGGAGCAGGCCGCAGACCUCAAGUUCAUCCUGUCGUUCUAUGAGAACCAACACCACCUAAUCUUAAAGCAGCUGAUUGUUAACGAGCAUUCUGCAACGAUGAUUCUUAACCAUGAAAUUGCCUUACCGCUCGCAGCUAAUCAUCACCUCCUCUACAAGUUCGACUCACCGACUGACCCUAAAUUCACGCUGGUUCUGGGGCAGCUGAAGAUGAAGAUAAACCGAACGCUCCUGGCCGCCGGGACCGCCACGACCAGUAUAGAGCUUUCUAUGCCCAUGGCAUCGUCGAGUCACUAUGAUGGACGCAGCCCGAUACGUUCCCGUAGACCUUCUCCUGCGCUAUCUUUAGGUCCAUCUCCCGUACCAUCAGCAUCUUCAAUGUAUAGACCGCCAGCUUCGCCAGAUCCCAGUCUUGGUUUACAAUACCCUCUUAUGCCCCUAGCUUCCAAUACCCUUCCUCCGUCACAACCUCGAAACUUCGACUUCCCUGCUGUUCAACCCCAAACCGAGGCCCCGACUCUUUAUUAGAACCCCCAGCUUUUCCCGUUCCUUAUCAAGUUUCGGAUUGUAUCUCGCUUCACCCAGCCCCUACAACGCUCUAAGGUUAUGGGAUGGCCAAGUGCAAAGUACAAGCCAAGCGGCAUAAAGUCCAGGGUCAGGUCAAGGUCUAUGUAAGUUGAUAGUCCUUUUAAAUACAUACGUG